GAUAUUAUAUUUGAUUCAUACAAGUAGUAUACUGUUAUAUAGUAUUUUUAAAAAACAAUUAUUAUGGGCACAGUUGUGUUUGCAGCACUUGUAUGUAUCAUUCAGUUUAAUGGAUAUCAACAACAAAAUGGAUUCUUAAGUAAUCAAGUGAUUCCUGGGUUUCCUGGAUUUACUGGUUUUAGUGGGUUUCCUGGGUUUCCCGGUAUUCCUGGUAUCGCAACAACUAGGAUUCCCGGUAUUCCUGGUAUCGACAACACUGGGAUUCCCGGUAUUCCUGGUAUCGCCACCACUGGGAUUCCCGGUAUUCCUGGUAUCGACAACACUUGGAUUCCCGGUAUCGCCACCACUAGGAUUCCCGGUAUUCCUGGUAUCGACAACACUGGGAUUCCCGGUAUCGCCACCACUAGGAUUCCCGGUAUUCCUGGUAUCGACAACACUGGGAUUCCCGGUAUUCCUGGUUUCGAUACCACUGGCAUUCAGUUGCCUGUGUUUAACCUAACAAAUCCCAUCAAUACUGGCAUCGUUACCACUGACCAGAUUACAUGGCCAAACUGGGACAUUACACAAACAAGUCGAUUACCAGAUGAAGAAACUCAAACUAAUAGUGAUGUUGUUGUUGAUGAUACCAGUACUGUCAAUAGUGGCAAUGGCGAUGACGAUACCACCACUACUACUAGUAGUAGUAGUGAUGAUGGAUAUAGUGUUUUUACAGAAGCUGAAACCAUCAGUGAAACCAAUGAUGGCACCAAUGAAAACACUGUAGUAACCAUCAGUAGUAUCAUUGCAACGGCAAUUGAUGAAACUGAUAGUCCAACUGGCGGUGAUAGUAUUGCAACCGUUACUGGCAAUGAAGCCGACAUAACUGCUAGCAGUCAGGCCACCGGUAUUCCCGAUGACGAAAAUACUGGUAAUAGUUUUACAACUAUUAGUGACACUGAUAUUACCGGCAACGACAACACAACUAUUAUUACUACUACUGGAGUUGAAGGCACUGAUGGUAGUGGUAACGGUACGGCUACAGGUAUUACUGGUGAAGACGGUACUAAUUCAAUUGAUUUAAUCAGUACAACCAUCGAUGGUAAUAAUGUUCCUACAACUGACAAAACAACUGCUCCAACAUCGAAUAGUGAUGACAAACCAUCUGACACUUCUGGCACUGAAACCACUCCAACAACAACAACAACGAAGACAAAUAUGACGACCACUACGCCGACGGCGACAACAACCAAAUCAAAGAAAAAGUCAAAUCACAUGUUGUUUUGGAUAAUAUCCGCUGUAUUUGUCGGAUUGGGUAUAUUGAUCGGUCUCAUAGCUUAUUGUUUGCUGACUAAACGCAGUCCAAAACGCAAACACAGUUCACCACCGAAGACACCGUCGACUGGUAAGGAAAGGCCAAUGAAAUCGCCGCCAAAUGCUACGAAAGCCGCCGCCACCGGCGGUAAAUCAUUGGACACCAAUGAUGUAGAGGCCGGUGCUGUCAAGUCAUUCGGAUCCGACGAGUCUAUUGUUUCUGUACAAUCAAAAUCCAAUCCUAGUGUUUAAAAAGCCACCAAAUAUUUGAUUGAAACCAUAAUAAUAUAGUAAUAAUUAUA